CUGCACCAGCUGGUCGAUAUUUUCACCUCCAGCCGGCGAGUGGUGGCUUUCACGGGAGCAGGCAUCUCCACUGCAGCAGGCGUGCCGGACUUCCGAGGGCCCUCAGGCAUAUGGACGCUGCAGCGGCGCGGGGAGGCUCUACCGAGCAGCAUGAAGGCGUUUGGGGACGCAGUGCCGUCGCUCACUCACAUGGCACUGCUGCACCUGCUCCGACUCGGUCGCUUGCAGUGUAUCAUUAGCCAGAACGUGGAUGGGUUGCAUGCGCGCUCGGGGGUGCCGCGCAGUCAUCUGGUGGAGCUGCAUGGCAGCUGCUUCCGAGAGCUCUGCCACCGCUGUGGGGCCGAGUACCAGCGCGCGUUUGAGCUGGAGAGCAUCGGGCAGAAGGCAUCUCGCCGUCGCUGCACGUCAGCAGUGUGCGUGGCGCUGGGCACUGCGCCUCGCCUGCGCGACUCUGUACUCGACUGGGAGGACGCACUGCCGCCCUCGGAGCUGCAGCGAGCAGAGGACGAGUGCUCUCAGGCCGACCUCGUGCUCUGCCUCGCCACCAGUCUGCAGAUCACCCCAGCGGCCAACCUUCCCCUGCGAGCGCUGCGCAAUGGGGGCCGCAUUGUCAUCGUCAACCUCCAGAAAACCCCCAAGGACAAGAAGGCGUCGCUCGUCAUUGCAGCGCGUGUGGAUCAAGUAAUGGCUCACCUCAUGGCCUCUCUGCAUCUCACCAUCCCUCCCUUCCACCGCACCUACUGCUUGCACAUCCGCCACUGCCUAACUCCCAUUCAAUCCCAAGGCAAGGGCAAGGCCAAGAAGCAGCAGGCAACAGCACAGCCUUCCGUACUCACAAAUAGGUGGAAGCUGAGUGUGGCAGUGGAGAGCACCCUGGGGGCCCUCGCACCCCUGCCGUCUCUAGACUGCAUUGAGGUCUCCUUCCCUGAGAGCUGGCCGUUGGAUGAACUCACCCUUUCAUCUCCACCGUACACUUUCAACAGAUCCUUCAAACUGCAGAUGCAGCAGGCGGAAGGAGAGGAGGGAGAGGGUGAGCAGCAGCAGCAGCAAGGCAUGACACCUGCAGGAGCCAUCAGUUUCACGUUCAACUUCUCCACGGGCUAUGGAUGUGACCCCAUCACCAUCCAUCAUGUCAUCGCUCCUUGUUCUUGUCAAGAGCCAGCACCCGCGGCAAAGCAGGGCAACGAGCAUGCCGUGACAUGUCACAACACAUCGCCACCACCACCGGUUCCUAUGCCAGCUGCUGUGCCGGAACCAACGAUUGGAUCCGCAGCCGCCUCGCCUGAAGCAAAAGCAGUGCCUGUUUCCAUGCCUGCAGCACCAUCAGCGGCAGCAGCAGGAGCAGGACCAUCAGGAGAGCCAGGCAGCAAGGGUCACAAGGGCAUAUCAGCAGCAGUAAACGCGCGGAGCACUGCAGCUUGA